AUGGUAGCAAAAACAGUAACGAAGGCAUCAUCUUCGGUUGUCACCGUUGACGCUCUCCAGAAAGAAACAAUCACUGAGGUCGCCUUCAAAUUCUGGGCGCCGUUUUCGAAAAGCCACGCUCCGUACUCUGCCCCACUAGUGGAUACAAUUUACCAACACGAAAUGCUCGGUACGCAUUUCAAUCCGAGGAAAAUCAUUAUGUUAGAAUUCAGUCAGUACCUUGAAUGCUACCUAUGGCCAAACUACACUGAAGAAGCAAGUACAGCUCAUGUUAUGUCCAUUGUGGUCAUGUUGAAUGAGAAGUUUAGAGAGCGCAUCGAUGCUUGGCAGUGCUUUGUGAAUAAGCCGGAACACUUUGCUUCAUUUAUACAUCGAGUUUUGGAGUUAUCCCUUGAUGAAAAUGAUCGGAGCAACUCAGAACAAUGUGCUAUUGUCACUUUUCUUGUGAACAGCUUUAACUCUGUGGAAGUUGAUAUUGUUCGGGAACAAAUGAGUAAGUUAACUCAUAUGUCAAUCUGGAUGAAUAUAUUGCCUAGUCAAAGGAAUGACUUGAUUGCUGGAAGCAAGAAGUUGCGUAAAUACUGGUCAAAACUUUCACAAAAAAUCGCGGCUGAAGAUGCUGAAGAUAGUAAAGAAUCUCGCCUUGCAAAAUUUCAAAGAAACUAUCUUUGGAAUCUCAUUGCUCGUUUUAAACGUACUUUGGAUCGUGUGGACGACGAUAGUAAAGAAGUUGACCUUGAAGACAUACGAUACUGUGAACGAUUUAUUGAGCUUGUGAUUGACUUGGAAGCCUUGCUUCCAACGAGGCGAUUUUUCAAUGCACUGGUGCAUUCUUCAAAGCUUAUCACUCAUUGUGUGCUCUCAAAAUUGAUUUCGUCCGAAGCUGGAUCGUUGUUUUGUCAACUGGUGGAAAUGCUAAAGUUCUAUGCUCGAUUUGAAAUCAACGAUAUUACUGGGCAGCAACUCACUCACAAGGAGGUUUCUGAUAAACAUUACGAACAUGUUGUCAAGCUGCAGAAAGCUGCUUUUAAGUAUUUCAGUAUGCCUGACUUUUAUCUUCUAAGCGUUGGUAGCGUGGACACAAGAAAAGCGUUACUGAAGCAGUUCAAUUCGAUGAAGAAGUCUGAUAUCUAUCGAUUCGCCGAGUAUCUUCACCUUGUACCUCCAGCGGAUAGCGAGAAUUCACAAUUGGAAACGUUAAGUAAAGAAUUCCUCACCGAGACUGUUACCCUUCACUGUGAGCGACGAGUGAAUCAGCUUCAACAACUUAACGAGCAGCCACUGUAUCCUACGGAAAAGGUUAUUUGGGACGAGAAUGUUGUUCCAUAUGAAAACUAUUCUGGCGAAGGUGUUCUUGCAUUGAACAAGCUAAACUUGCAGUUCUUGACCUUGCAUGAUUAUCUGUUGAGGAAUUUCAACCUUUUCCAGUUGGAAGAAACCACUUAUUCCUCCAUUAUUCUUUUAGAUGAAAUUAGGCAAGACCUUGAGGAUGUGUUGUUCCGGAUGAAGCCAUGGCAGCAUGAAACUCGCAAUGAAACUGUAUGGGGUGGAUGGGCACGUAUGGCUCUACUUCUGGAUUCUUUUCAGAUAGUAGAGGUAGUUUUUGUGGGUGAGAAGAGUCCAGCCGUUGUUAGAGGCGAGUUCUCCGUCAACGUUGGCCGUCGUGCAGAUAUAAAGCAGGAGUGGGAAAGUUUACGGAAGCACGAUGUUUGUUUUUUGGUAACUUGUCGCUCUACUCAGCCAGUUGGGACGAAGUAUGAUGUUCGAAAGCCAUUCAAAGAUCAAAUUCAGGUGACCUAUGUGCGUGGAUGUGAGAUAGAAGGGAUGAUGGAUCAAAAUGGUCAAGUGAUCGAAGAAUUUGAAGCGUAUGAGAAGAAACCUCAGAUCCAAGGCGAUAUACGAAAAUAUCGCGUUUUCUUGGAUCCUAAUCAGUACAGAAUUGAUAUGGAGAAUCGGUUUGAAAAAGGAGAUAUUUACUACACCUUCAAUUUGGUCGUUCGACGUGAUCCAAAGACAAACAACUUUAAGGCAGUGCUGGCAACUAUGCGACAGUUGUUGAACACUGAGUGUGUUGUUCCAGACUGGCUUACCGAUAUAGUACUUGGUUAUGGCGAACCCAACUCGGCUCAUUACACGAAGAUGAACAAUGUUGUGCCUUCGAUGGACUUUAAUGACACAUUCCUAUCGUUCGAUCACUUAAUUGAAUCAUUCCACGGCUAUCAGGUGAAGGCAAUGGCUGAAAGGGAGAAAAUGGUCCCGCCGUUCCUGUUGAAAUUUAAUGAUCUUAUUCGCGAUGGCGAGAACGAAGGUGAGAAAGUUAUAGAAGUAACACCACUGGUUCGUAAUUCUCGAACACCGUAUCCAUGUCUUCCGAAGAAAAAUCAAGUGCGGUUCACUCCCGCCCAAGUGGAAGCCAUUAAGGCUGGCAUGGAGCCAGGAUUGACGAUGGUUGUUGGUCCUCCAGGUACUGGUAAGACGGACGUAGCUGUGCAGAUAAUCGCGAACAUAUAUCAUAAUUGGCCACAACAGCGGACGUUGAUCGUUACACAUUCUAACCAGGCAUUGAAUCAAUUAUUUGAGAAAAUCAUCGCGCUUGAUGUUGAUGAGAGACAUCUUCUUCGAAUGGGUCAUGGUGAGGAAGGCUUGGAAACAGAGAAAGAUUUCUCGCGUUACGGCCGUGUAAAUUAUGUGCUGAGAGAAAGACUUAGACUACUGUCCGAGGUUGAACGCCUUCAGCAGGCGAUGAACGUCAUCGGUGACGUGUCAUACACGUGCGAAAACGCUGGACACUUUUUCCGGUUUAAGGUUUGUCGUGUUUGGGACGAAUUUAUCGAGAAAUGUGCGGUGGAGAAGAAUGGUUUAGUCGCUGAAAUAUUUCCAUUUACGGGAUAUUUCUCAGAUAUUAAUCCGCUAUUUAGUGUAAGUGCAGUUGUUACUUUUAGGCGUACAUGCAUCGGACAUAGAAAAGCGAAGAUCAUCGCCAUGACAUGCACCCAUGCCGCACUAAGACGAAGUGAACUCGUAGAACUUGGAUUUCGUUAUGAUAACAUUCUAAUGGAGGAGGCGGCACAAAUCCUUGAAGUGGAGACGUUUAUCCCCUUGUUGUUGCAGAAUCCACAAGACGGUAGAAAUCGUUUGAAGCGUUGGUGUAUGAUUGGAGAUCAUCAUCAGUUGCCACCAGUUGUGCAGAAUCAGGCGUUCCAGAAGUAUUCUAACAUGGAACAAUCGUUGUUCGCUCGGUUUGUCCGACUUGGUGUGCCAAACGUUCAACUGGAUAAGCAAGGAAGAGCAAGAGCCGAAAUUGCUGCGUUAUAUAGUUGGCGCUACAAAAAUCUUGGCAACCUCCCACAUGUAGAAGCCUUACCUCAAUUUCAGUACGCAAACGCUGGUUUCGCCUACAAUUAUCAAUUGGUCGAUGUACCAGACUUCAAUGGGCAGGGAGAAUCGCAACCAAGUCCUUAUUACUAUCAGAAUCUUGGCGAGGCCGAAUAUGCUGUGGCAUUGUUCACGUAUAUGCGUAUUAUUGGUUAUCCAGCAGAGAAGAUCUCCAUAAUUACUACUUAUAAUGGGCAGGUUAGUUACUCUUCUGUCAAAGGUAUGCGCUUUUCUUUGUACAUUCGAGACGUUCGCCGGUUAGUAGUAGCUUUGUCUCGUGCUCGUCUCGGUCUUUAUGUCCUUUGUCGAGCUAGUCUGUUCCGCAACUGUUUCGAACUCACACCGGCAUUCAAUAUCUUGUGCAAGCGACCUCCUCAUCUACUCAUUAUUCCGAGUGAGGCAUAUCCGACUCAAAGAAAGUGUGGUGAACGUAGUGAUGGUGAGCUGAUAUCCAUCGAAAAUACAAUCCACAUGUCAACGUUCGUACACGACUUCUACAUGAGUAAUAUGGAAUCGAUGCGAGCGAGCUACGAGCAGGCAAUGGAACGCUACCGUCGUGAGAUACAAGUUCGUUGCAUAGAUAUAUCUCUAACAUAG